AUGGUGUCCACACGCAGCCGCACCUCAGGCUCCUUAUUGCCUACUACAGAGCUUCCACAAAAGCGUGGAGCUUCUUCUACUGAUGCGGUUAAACGUCCGACGAAGAAACCAACGACAUCCAAAGUUGCUAGCGAUCUAGCAAUUGGUAAAUUGGUAACAAUGGACGUGACGCUAGUAAAUCAAGAAGGGAAAGAAGUGAUACUACGUAACACAUUUCAAGAUCAAGGUGUUGUCUUCUUCAUGUACCCACGUGCCAAUACACCUGGCUGUACGAAGCAGGCUUGCGGUUUUCGUGACAAUAUUAAAGCCAUUAAGGAUGCGGGAUUUACAGUCUAUGGCUUGAGCGGUGACUCGCCCAAUGUCCUGAGCAAUUGGAAGUCGAAGCAGAGUCUACCCUUUGAUUUACUGAGCGAUCCUGAUCACAAGCUCAUUUCAUACUUUGGUAGCUCCCUGGCAGGCAAAAAGGUGCAGCGCUCGCAUGUUGUCAUCCUCAAGGGUGGUGUCGUGGGAGACAUUGCUGCCAAAGUGUCUCCUGCGGACAGUGUGAGCCGUGCUGUCGCAUUUGUAAAAAAGAACGGUACGGAUGCUACGAAGGAGGAAGAGAAGCCAGCAACGCAAGAUGAGUCAGUGAAAGAAAAGGAGCAGACUAAGGAAGUGGAGUCGACAAACGUGGACAAGUGUGCUGAGGGCAACGUCAUCACGCUUGACGUGGAGCUGCAGACUGACGCUUCCACGACGAUUAAGAUCCAAGACUUGUUCAAGACACGCGGCGCCAUCUUCUUCAUGUAUCCAAAGGCGGACACGCCAGGGUGCACUACCCAAGCUUGUGGCUACAAUGACAAUUUGGCGGCGAUCAAUGCUGCUGGCUUUGACGUAUACGGCUUAGGCGCCGACAAGCCAUCCGAGCUUCUGGUGUGGAAAGAGUCGCAAAAGUACAAGUAUACAUUACUUUCGGAUCCAAACCACCUGCUGAUCGGCUACUUUGGCAGCUCUAUCGACGACGGUGCGCGCGUGGAGCGCUCGCACGUCAUUGUGCUCCCGGGCGGUAAAGUCGGCCAGAUCGAGCACAACAUUUCGCCGCAGGACAGCGUGAGCAAGGGUCUUGAGUUUGCCAAGAGCCACGCUAUCGACGCCACGAGUAAGCUGUAA